CUCUACUUUGCCAUAAACACAUUUCUUAACUUCAACGUUUUUGCAUCACUUGGCUCUUUGUCCGCAAAUUUCGUACAUUAUCCAAAGCCGAAGUUUUUGUGGAUACCAGUAAUAGCCCGGGUACUAUUCGUACCAUUUUUUAUGUUCUGCAACUACCAACCUGUAGGCAAACAUAGAACGAUAGGGGUUUUGUUCAAAAGCGAAUGGUGCUUCACGAUUGGCGGUGCUCUCAUGGCAUAUACUAGUGGAUAUUUUAGCAGUUUAGCCUUGAUCUAUACUCCGAGUGUUGUUCCUCCUAGCUAUCAAAAUAUCAGUGGCAUGGCGGCAGCAAUUGCUUUGAUGUUAGGUAUUCUAUGUGGUAUUCUCUUCACCCCCGUCAUCGCAGCGAUAGUUGCAGCAUUAUAACAAUGGUGCUUUUUUAGAACUCAUGCGAUCUCAUUGGAAGCUUUGUACAACUGCAUUCGUUACAUAGAACAAUCUUUUCAACUCAUAGUGAGACUCCACAAAAGUCUGACCAGAAAUGUUCAAUGAAGUAGCUCUUCAAUGAAAAAUGAUUACAAAAACAUUGUAAUCGUCAUACAGCUUAGUGG